AUGAUUGGAAACGAGGCGCCGGUUUCAGUGUCGGCGGCGGUGCUGGCGCUGGUGGUGGCGGUGAAGGUGGUGCUGGAGCGGGUGGUCAAAUGGGAUUUAGUGCUGGCGCAGGCGCAGGGGGCGGCGCUGGUGGCGGCAAGUAAAGCUCGACUCUUACUGAAUAAAAACCCCCCGUUCCUUCUCCUGCUUCAGGCCGAGGCCGCGGAUGACCCGCAACCCCGGCGGCAGAUAGAGUACUAUGGUUUGAAUUUCAAUAGAAGUUUGAAGAUCGAUUUAGCAUGCAGCAGGGAUUUGGAAGCGGUGGCGCUGGGGCUGGCGGUGGUGCUAAUGCAGGUUUCGGUUUUGGAUUUGGUGCUAACGCUGGUGCAGGAGGUGCCGGAGGUGGAUGGAAUGGCGGUGCUGGUGGCGAGCAAGGCAACCACAGUCCAGCAAUCUGUGUCUGGACAAGUUGGUGCCAAUGGCAGUCAAGAGGCAUCGGGUGGCAUUUCGGGUUCAGGUAGCGGCAGCCUCGGUCCUUUAAAAGUAUCUGCAAACGCAGGGGUAAACGGAAGCGAGAGCACUAGUGGCAACGGAAGUGUCAGCGGCAGUCUUGGCAAAUAA